AUGAUUAGUACACAAGAGGACCAUUCCUUACGAUGUCAGAAGUGUCAUUUACCACUUCAACUAGAUUUAUCCCUAUUAGAUUUGAGUUUAUCUCAAAGAAAUUUAAUUGUUACUAGUAUUGGCGACCAAGAUACCACGGAAACUAUACUUCAUGGUGACUAUUUUCCUAAAGAAAGACUGAAUAAAUUGAAGAAUGUUAUAAGUAGUAGUCGGAUAAAUCGUUUGUCGUCCUUGAAUAACAAUUCUGAAAAAGACCAACCUACAGUUCCAGUUGUAACUAGAAAUGAAAAUUCACAAGUCGAUGAUGGAAAAUUUGAAACUGAUGUCGGUAGUAGCAAAAGCGGACUACAGAGUACUUUAAAUUCAGGGAAGACACUCUCUACCCAAAUAUCUACAUUAUCAAAUAUCUUCAAUAUUUUGUCUUCAAAGAGUUCCAUAGACUAUCCGAUUUGUCAAGAUUGUUGUGACAUAUUAAUACAAAAAUUAAAAAAGGACUAUAAUGAAACAUUGGAAGAGAAAGAGCUGUAUUCUCAAUUUCUAGAAAGAUUGAAAAGACAACAUUCUAUUCAAAGUAAAGAUGAUAUUUUGACGAAACCCAAUGACCAUAAGGAUAUAAAGAGAGAUAAUACAGGUAGUUUCAAUAAUAUCACUGAGGAGUUAGAUUUAGAGUAUGAAGAUGUUUUAAAAGAGAAAGAUUUAUUACUUGAAAAGCUACAACAAUUGGAGGAAGACGAGGAAAAUUUAGAUAGAGAGAUUUCAAAAUUAACAGAAAAAUUAAAAAAGAAAAAUUUAGAAGACGAUUCUUUAAUGGAAGAAAUCAAUUUACAAGAAGUAUCUCAAUACGAAUUUCAAAUUGAAUUACAAAAUAUACAGAAUCAAUAUGAGACUUCUUUAAACAAUUUAGAUUUAUUGAGGAAAACCAACAUUUAUAAUGAGACAUUUAAAAUAUCACAUAAGGGUCCAUUUGGUACGAUUAACGGAUUAAGAUUAGGUAGCAUAUAUAAGAUUCCAGUCUCAUGGAAAGAAAUAAAUGCAGCAUUAGGCCAAGUUGUACUAUUAUUAAGACUACUCAGUGACCAGCUGAAUUAUCCAUUAAAAAAUUAUCGAUUGGAACCACUAGGAUCCUAUUCUAAGAUAUUGAAGUAUGACAUAACUAUUAAAAACUGGACAACUUUAGAAGUGUACUAUGAUGAAAAUUUCAAAUUUACCAAAUUAUUUCAUUCUGAGACUAAUUUUGAUAAAAGUUUAGAAAGUUUACUUGAUAUUGUUCAACAGUUAUCUCAAUAUAUCUUAAACCCGGUUCAAAAUAGCAUAUUUACUGCUAAUAACACUCAAGAUAGAAAUAAUAGUGAGUCUGCUACUACUAAUAAUAUUGAAAAUAGACUAUCUAAUGAAAGCAAGUAUGUUCAAAGGUCAUCAUUAACAAAAACUAAUGUCAAUAAUACAACAAUAGAUGAACUACCGUAUCCAAUAUUUGAUGGGAAAAUCAAUUCAUUAUCAGUGACUCUUUAUGGUAAAGAACCUGAUAUCAAAUGGACCACUGCAAUGAAAUUUUUAUUAACAAAUUUAAAAUGGUUAUUAUUACUUUCUACAAAAAAUUUAGAUAUUGUUUCUCAAUAA